AUGGGUUCUAAACCUUCAAAAAAACCAGAUCCACCAAAAUCAGAUUAAGCUUAACUUGAAGAUUAGAUACCAGUCUAUAAUAGACCUAAAUCCCCUGAUUAUGGAGAGUAGGCCAAAAUAAAAGAUGUUGGGAUCAAACCUGAUGAUAAUAUCGAUAGGCAUUUUAUUAAUUUAAUUUAAUAUAGGGAAGCAGCAAAUAAGAGAUAAGCAGAAAAGUAAAGAAAUUCCAAGAUAGAAGGUUAAUAGAAAAUAUCAAUUCCAUAAAAAAAGAUAGAAUAACCAAAAAAAUAAUAUCAGAAAUUCGUUAUUUAAUCAAGUUAGUAAAAUAAUAACAGUUUGGAUCUAUCCUAUGAUCAAUUUGUAAAUGGAUUAAAUCAAAAUGAUAUUAAAGAAUUGGAGAGACAAUUAGAGAGUGAUGAAUUGUCUCCAAUAAAUAAAACUAAUACUGAAUCUUAAAAAUAGGCACUUGAUGAGUAGAAAAUUAAGGUAGCUGAGCAAAAAAUAUGGAAACUAAAGCAAAAAAUAAAGAGGUCUUUUGAUUGGCCUGAUUAAGGUUAGGUAUAUAUGGUUUCAGUUACAUUUAAAUAUAACUAUUAAUACAAAACCUAAAAGUUAGCAGUGACAUAACCUUUUGAUAAUUAUGUAAACUCUAUUUUAUCUUGGAAAAAUAAUGAAUAAUUGAAUGUAUUCGAAUUUAAAUUAAGAGAUGUAGAUAUAUAUAAUACAAACACUGGGGAUGUUUAAUAACUAAAAUUUAAUGAAAUAGAGUUCAUGGUCGAUUAUAAUGGAGUCUUUAUUGGAGUCAAACAUGAAAGUGACUUUAUUAAAAAGCUUUCUUAAUAGAAGAGGUAUUAUGAAAAAGAAUAAAUAAAGGAAAAAAAGGAUAGAGAUUAAUUGCUUAAUAAUCAAUUGAGCAAUUUAGAAAGACUGGCUAAUAAUAAAUUGCAAGUUAAGCAAUCAACUAAAGCAAAGAAACAAAAGCCCGAGGCAAUUAUUUAGAGAACUGAAAAAUAAUUAGAGUAAUUUUGGACAAAUGCAUUUUAAUGUUGGUAUACUCUUAACGAAGACGAAGCAGAAAAAAUCUUCUAUGCAGGUUAAGAAUGUGUAGUUUUACAAAAAAAAGAAGUGGAUCCUUAAAAGAAAUUAGAAAACUUUCUAAUUAAGAAAUUAUAGGAUCCAGAAUUCUUUAAAUCUUGUUUAAAUUCAGUAAAAACAAUAAAGGAUCCAUUAAAAAAAUGGGGAAUGUUCAGUAAUGAAGAAAUAUUAGAAUAUUUAGGUGGACCAAAACAUAGUGUUGUAUAAAUAUAAAAGAAAAUAACCUUUCCCAUAUUGGAAAAGUGUAUGAUUGUUGAUGGUAUACUGAAUAAUAGCGAUUUAACUCCUUUGGUUGUCAAAUGGAAUCAAUGUAGAAAAACAGUUAUAGAACAUGAGAGAGACUUAUUUGUGGACAUUGAGUAAGAAAAGAGAUUAUUAACAUUUAUAUGGGAUAAACAACUAGAUAUUAAGAUGAAAUUAAGAUCUGAGAAUAUAUUUGUGGAAGAGCUCAAUAAAUUUAGAGAUGAGUGCGAAUUAGAAUUGAAAGAAAUGUUGUUCUAAUUAUCGACGAUCCCCAAUUUUCCGAUGGAAAAUAGACCUAAAUAUAAAGAAAAAUAUUUCUAAAUUUUAUGA